UAUAAUCCUGUUUACUUUGGUAUGUCUACAUACUUCAAUACAAAUUACUGGUAUUCAUUGCUUGCACCAGUCCCCUGUAGGUGGAAGGAAGGUUCCACUUGACAGUCCACCAGACGAGGUGGCUGGUUUAACUUUUCACUUCGCAAAGGCAAAAUGCGGGACUCUGAAGAUCACCAGAAGAUGCUGGCGCAGCUAUUAGAGGAACAUCAUCUAAGGCAAACGGCGGAGGACGUCCUAAGGCAGGCGCGUGUCUCACAUGGGAGCACAAUGCGCUUUCAUAUCGACAGCAGUCUCCACAACCCGCCUAAAAUGUCGUUGGUUCGCUUACAGUACGGCGCCGCUGCGAGCGGGCCGCCGCCCUCACCAUCGGAGGCCACGGCAGAGGCCGCCGGAGACCUUAUAACUGGAUCAGAACCGCCAAAGUCCAUCACCGUAAAGCCUGUUCCUCGAUUUGGUUCCAUGACGCUGGCGUGCUCCCCUUUUACGGCUGCUGCCGCCGCUGCUGCCAGCGGCGGUGGCGGUGACACCUCUGCGGGCCUGAAGGUGUCACCCUCCAGCGAUAGCCUCUGCGACGCCGGGGAUUUGCGCGUAGCUAUUUCUGCCGCAGUACCCAGCGGCGCCUUUGACACAGAUGGCGCCGUCGCCGGUGGCAGUCCUUUUAAUGAAGCAGCUGCGCGGCUGUCUUGCGGUAAAGGCGCCUCCACCGCAUCCUUCCGCACCCGCAUGGUGAGGUCUUCGACGCCUGCUGCCGAUGGAGCCUUAGCAGCGAACGCAAGCCACGGCAUUGGGAACUCCCUUGUCGUACCACGCGCUGAAGGCAUCCUAGCUGGCGCUUCUGUGCGCUGCAAGCCACGCCGCAUCUCGGGCACCGACCACCCGGCUGCGGGCCCUGCUCGGCGCCUGGCCCGCACACCCGGCGUCACGUCGAGUACCGACGGCUACGUUUCUUCGUUCAUGUCUGGUAGCGCCAGCACCGGUAACGUGUCCAUGGUGAUGCCUGCCAGCGGCGGCAGCGGCACUGCGGUGAAUGGCAUUGGCAGCGCCGCCAGCGGCAGCAUCGUCGUCGUAGGGCAUUGCGGCCGCGAGGCCUGGCAGACGGGUCCUAGUUCCCUGAGCUACGCCGGCAGCGAUAGCAACAUUGUCGCCGCCUCUGGGACUGGCAGUAGCAGUACGGCAGCCGUGCAGGCAGGCAGCGCUCGAGGGAGCCUCAGCCCGAGGUUUCGUGAGGCGUCUUUCGGAGCUGGUGUGCAUGCAGGACCCAUCCCAAGCUCCGGAGCGGCACAACAGCAGCCCAGUGUGAGCGGCCCUAAAGAUGCGGCACCUGGUGCAGCCCCGGCUGCGUCCGGCCAACAUGGCGGUGCCGGGGCCCGGCGGAUCUCCAUCGCGUCGGCGACCGGUAGCAGCGCUGAAGACAGCGCCGGCGAGGCGCUAAACGUGUACCGAAACGGCCCCAGUAUCUCCGCCCCACGCAGCGCUGCGAGCUUUACGGCGCCCCACCACCACCACCACCGGCAGCAGCCCCACCACCAUCAACCCCACCCGCAUCACCAACAGCACCAGAGCGGCCAGCAGCAUCCAGCUCAACCCCAAGAGCAGUCGCAGCAGCAUCGUCCGCAGCAGAACAAUGACCAGCCGCCACAGGUACAGCAACAGCAGCAACAACAACAGCAGCAGCACAGGCAGCAGCAGCGACGGGCGUUCCAGCAUCCAAGCGUCCACCCACAUGUGCAUGAAACCGGUGGCGCCCUGCGGCCUACGCCGCUCUGCCUGCCAACCCAACCGCAUGCCAUGGGCCGAGCAAGCCCGCCGCCUGCUUCCCUGACCACCACGCCGACCUCAGCCGGCUUGGCGAGUCCUGGGGCCGGUGCGGGGCUUUCCUCGCCCCUCAUGUCCCCAUCAUCGCCUUCGCCUUCGCAGACUGACUUAGCUGGGCUUGGUCCAGGGCCCGGCCCUUGCCGUGUGGCAUCGGCCAGCUUCCACUGCGGAGCCGCACAGCACCCGCAACAGCCGGGCGGUUCCUGCUCCGGUAGCAUCCUAACUUCGCAUGAUAUGUCGGCAGCUAUGAUGCUGCUUUCCAGAGUAUCUCGGGUUACGCCAAAGCCAGCCCCACCGCAGGAAUGGACGGUUGACCUGCAUUCACUCGAGGCUGAUGGUGCAGGCGCUGGCGGCGGCGGUGGGGCCACGUUGACACCUAGCCGAGGUGCCAGUUUCACUGGAGCAGGCGCAAGCUUUGGCAGCGGCUACAGCUUUGGGGUUUACGGUCAGGCCUUAGGCCGGCGGGCUGGGUCAGCCCUGUUUCGCGGCGGGCCGGCUGGCGAAUACGGUGGAGGCGCGGGACAAGGACUGGAGGGUGACAGCGGACUGCGGAGGUUGGGGGCAGAUGUUACCGCCGCGGGCGUUAGCGCCGCUGCCGCUGGUGCUACCGUCGGUGCCUCUGCCGGGUCGCAUCCCUCCUCCGCUCCAGUGGCUGUAGUGGAGUCUGGCGCGCAGGAGGUUCCCGGGAGCUCGGACGGCGCCGGUGGCACAGCUGCAGCGGCCAAUGCCGCUUCAGCUGUCGCGCAUCCGCAGCGCAACCUCCCCCGGCAGCUGCCUGCGCUUGCUCGUUACCGGGGCAGCACCGGCGGCGGCCCGCCAAGUGCUAGAGGUUCUGCACGGCGGAAGGCGAGACGCGCAUCUGUCGGCAUGGAGGAAGGCCGGCCAUCACCGUCGUCGCCGCCGCCGUCUAGCGCUACGUUUCGUCCGCGGCCGCCCUCGUCGCCUUACAAUGCGCGCCCUGGCACCGCCGUGGCUGGCGGCCCUCUGUCGCCCUCCCUGCAUCAACACCAACCACAGCUGCCGCAUGGGGCGUCCCUGGAUGGGCGGCCGCUGUCCCAGCAAGUCAACGCGGAGGGGGAGAUGUGCACCCGGGAAGAGUUAAGCGCCGGCAUGCAGGGGCCGUCCGCCGGCCCUGCUGCCCCCACCACCGCUGCGGCAGUAGAGGCUGCUGCCUGCAGGAGGCCGCGGUUCGCCAACCUGGCCGCCGGGGAUGCCGGUACGCCUCGGCCGUCGUACCCUGGGGUGGCAGGGGUGCCACUGUCACCCACUGCCCCUCGUGCUGCUGGCAGCAGUGCGUGUGAUGCGGCUGGCAAUGGCGGCAGCAGUUUGGGUGGUAAUGCCGCCUGCGGCGUCGGCGGUGCCGUUGGCGGUCAGGCAUCACCGGUGGGGGAGGCUGCGCAGACCCCACAGCAGGUGUCUGCAGAGUCGUGGGAGGGGACCCGUCCGGCAGUCACGAGGGAGGAGCAUGCGAGCAUCAUGACGCGAAUGAAGAAGGCGCUCAGCUUCCUCCGAAGAGGCGACUAGCGAAGCCGGGAGGAGGGGCUUUUCAUUCCAUUGCCUGGACCCGUGGCGCAUGCAGCACGUUACCGCACGCACGCAACAUCCCGGUAUGAGUACUUUCACAUUUAUAAUUGAGCCCGUCUUGGUGAUUUGCCAGGUUUAGGAACAUACCUUUGUGUGGCACCGCCUGCCUUGCAACAGUGUCAUUCAUCUGGAGCAUAUUCGGGUCAUUGUUAGUUUUUUUAUCAACUGGUACUCGGCGGGAUGUGGGAUCAUGAUUAUUGAUGCCUGCACAGGUUUGUUGUUGGGCUGUUUAGGAAACUUAGCCCUGGUGUCUUAAUAAUUCAUGCACGAUGGCGGUAUCGUGAGGUACAAAAUGAGUGCUUCUAAUUCAUUGCACCAUCCAGUCCGCAGGCUUUACCCGACUCUAAAGGGAUAUGCAAGUAGAAACGUGUGCUAGUGUAGUGUGAAGGCUGCCUGGAAAUUAUCUAAGAGACGGGUGCGAUGGAGACGGGUUUGCAGUGUCUUGCGACCGAAAGAUUCCGUAAUGCCACUGCUGAGUCACGCUGGCUGAAAUGCCGGAAAGAAACACAAGGUGCUGAUUAAUGGGGUUGACCGAAGUCCAUUCUUGGUAUUAGUAGUGGGUUGCCAACUGAUUAGGAGUGCAGCUCGGUCACCCUACAAGAUACCUGUGGGAUGAUAGCGUUGUGAUUGUCGUAUACUGCAAUUUCUGCGUGUGUAUCUUCCAGCAUGCAACCAACUAAAUGACUAGUUUAUGCUCGAUUGUUCCUGAGGUCACGGUGCUUGGGGGCUGUGCCAUUGUGAAAAGGUCCUAGGGGCUCUAUGGGCUGGCCCUUUCCGUACACGCAUGGAGUUCGAAAUGUUGGCAUUACAACCGUCCCUGAAGGUGUCCCAUAAUUGAAGGGACACAUACCGGUCCUGUGCUCUUUACCAUUUUGGCGUGCCUUUCUCCAGUGUUUCGGUUAGGGAUUGUCUCGUUAACGGUACAACUGAGCACGUGAUCCCGACGGCAGUACGAUUUGGGCACUGCAGCGCACUGCUCGGAACACCUUUUGUAUUGCCAGGCGUAGCGCUUUAAUGCACGCCUAGAAUUGGUGUGUCUUUUGCCGGUCUAGACAGGUAACUAUCAACGCUAUACAUUGCGGACUGUACGACAUUUGGCCCAUGUCUUGUGACAUACUAAUGUACGAACAUAACUCCUUUUUACGUCUUUUUGCCUACGAAUGUAGCCUCUGUAUAUUUACGAACGUCACGGGAUGAUUAGUGCCUAUGUUGACGGUGACGGUACUUGAAUGGGUUGCUAUGACGGUCCCGGAUACUGUGUUGAAAGUGCGUUGGCAGGAUUGAACGUUUGCGCCUCGACAUUACCGGUACCAAACGCAUCUUAUGCCGUCUACUGAACGCAAUUAAUGGCCUGCCCUCGUUGCUCUUCAAUUGUGUGUAGGGGAGGUAGUAGAUAAUGGCAUGCGGAGUAUGACUGCGUGGGAUUGCGCAUACCGGUACGUUAUUGGUGCGUAUGGUUGUUUAGGUGCACGGGAGUACGCACCCCAACAAAAAAACCUCUAUGGUUACGUUUCCACGUGGCCUUCCCUGGUAUGAUUAUCUGCUGCUGUGUUUCAUGUUCCUUAACGGUUCAUUCACCUGUAAACAAAGGCCUGCCUGGGCUAAUAUUUCCCUAACCAAGCACGUCGUUUGG